GGCGGAUGUUGUCUUGGAGAGAGGACAUGGCUGGGUGUAGAUUGGAAGCUGGCCAAUGUCUGUUUUUGUUUUCUGUUUCUCCUGAGAAUUUAGCAAUACACUCGGCAUGUUCAGUCGCAUAGUCCAGAGACGGCAUGAAGCUAUUGGAUAGUCGUGACGAUGGUCGGCCCGACACAACAGACCCCGCAUUGGUUUCCACAGUGCAUCCACAUCCGUCCACACAUCAUCACCAUGUAUUACAUAACCCAUGUAUGUCGAAGAAUCAACAAUGCUCAAAGCCAAACUGUCCCCAAAUCUCACAUCAGAUCAACAUGUCCCCUUCACCCCCCUGUCUUCAACGUCGCUUUUUCACUCGCUACCACUACCGCCAAACAAGCCGGCUUUUCCCCCCCACGCCACAGCCAAUUUCCACUCGACGCCCAAAGGCACCCGCUUUGGCCCUCGCUACCGCAGUUGGAUAAAACACGUCGCGGCGGGCGAGCAGAAGUAAGCCGAGCACAGUGCAUGGAAUUACUGUGUUUGGCAGGCAAAGGGCAAAAAGCGUGGAUUCCAGCGUGCAAUCCACGGUUCUGAGCGUCACAAUCGGUGGGCCGCCGGCUCGUGUAUGGUGAGUUUG